CUGCCAUACUACAUUACAGUAGAAUCGCCUCCUCUCUUGACGGGACACUCAUCCAACGUCAUGGCGAUCGAAACUGAAAAGCACGAUAUCGAAAUGGCUGACAAUCUGUCGACACACCCUCAGAAGAACGAAAUUGCUCACACCGACGCCCUCGGGCUCCUCGACGAUGAAAUGCCACCGGGCUAUUUCAAAUCCUCCUUCUUUUUAGGGUCUAUGCUCGCAAUCGGCCUCGGUCUGCUCGCCGGUGUCGCAGGAUUCGGCUACGCAGCGCCCAUUCUCGGCCUCAUAAAUGCGGAUGUAGGACCAGAUCCUAACAUCGUGUGGGUUGCGCUUGUGUAUACACUCAUGAUCGCAGUCUCCCUCACUAUAAUCGGCCGCGUAACGGACAUUUUCGGUCGCCGCUACGUCUUUAUCGGCGGCGCAGCCUUCGGGCUUAUUGGAAGUAUCGUAUGUGCGACUGCGAAGAGUGUUGGAGCGCUGAUUGGGGGCGGGACCUUGAUCGGGCUGGGUGCUGCGACGCAAUUGUCGUAUUACUACAUCAUGGGCGAGUUGGUGCCGAUGAAGUAUCGGUUCAUUGGGAAUGCGUCUAUGUACAUCUUCACCAUCCCCGGCUCCGGCUUCGCCCCCGCCAUCGGCAACGCCCUGAUCCUACACACCAAGUCCGGCUGGCGCGGCCUCUACUACAUCCUCAUCGCCGUCAACGCGUGCUCCAUGGCCUGCUUCGUCCUCUUCUACCACCCACCCACCUUCCAAAUGAAGCACCGCAACGCCAGGAAACUCGCCUACGCCAAGAAAUUCGAUUACAUCGGCUGCGUCGUCUACUCCGGUGGGCUCCUCAUCCUCCUGCUCGGCCUCAACUGGGGCGGCAGCGUCUAUGCCUGGAAAUCGGCGCACGUGAUCGCGACCAUCGUCGUCGGCGCUGUGGCGCUAGCCGCGUUUAUCCUAUGGGAGACGUUUGCGAAGCUCGAGGAGCCGCUGGUGCCGAUGCACCUCUUCAAGAACGGGCGGUGGAUCGCGGCGGUGGUGACGAGCGGGUUGGGUGCGGGGUUGUAUUAUGCGUUUGCGAUUGUGUGGCCGAGCAUGGUGACGGUGUUGUAUGCGGAUGGCGAUCAGAUGUAUGGGGGGAUGCUGUCGAGCUUGGUGGGGCUGGGGAUUAUCCUGGGCGAGAUCGUGAGUGGGUUCUGUGCGAAGGCGAUUGGGAAGGUCAAGUGGCAGUGUACGGCGAGUUUUGCGAUUGGGGGGGUAUUGUUUGCUUGUGUCGCGACGUGUACACCUGAUACGAGAGCGAGAGCGUGUGUGUUGUCGUUCCUCGGCGUCUUCUUCAUCGGCUGGAGCGAGUCCGUCGCUAUCACGUUGACGACGAUAUCGAUCAACAACCAACAGGAAAUCGGAACCGCGGGUGGUGUAGCAGGCUCCAUCCGCUUCCUCAUCAGCUCCAUCUCCGCCACUAUUUACUCCGUCAUUCUUAGCAACCGCCUCGCCGAUACAAUCCCUCAGAAAGUGAUCCCUGCCAUCGUCGGUGCCGGUCUACCCAAUUCCAGUAUCGCAAGCUUCCUCGCAGGCUUCACGACAGGCUCGUUCGAAGGAGUGGAGGGCCUAACACCACAGAUCCUGGCUGUGGGCGCAAGGGCGUAUAAAGUAGCGAAUGCGGACGCGUACCGAACCGUGUUCUUGACCACAAUCGCUUUCACGGGUAUUGCCUUGAUUGCCAGUAUAUUCCUGCCGAAUGUGGAGGACCGGAUGACCGGGAAGGUGGCGACGGCGUUGCACAAUCGGGGAGACGAGAACGUGGUGGGUGCCUAAAGUGAUUUGAAAACAGAGAAGUAAGAGUAGCGAGAUUGAAAGGGAAAGGGGAUUUGUUCGAGGUAAUGGAUAUAUAUUUCAGGGGUAUCAUACUAUCAUCUUAAUAUGCCGCUUCAUCGCAAGAAAUGGAUUAAGAGAC